AUGAAUGACAAGGUUGCAGAGGUGCUGCCGGUUGCAGCAGCCAAGUUCCGAGCGAUAACCCCAUUGGGCGACCGCUUGACUUCUUUCUCAAGCUGGGUGGUCAUUUGCGGUGCACUCGUCCUCCUGAUUCUCUGGCUGUCCGAUAGCACAGAUGUACCUUUCAUUGAACAUCUACCGUCCAUUCCCGGCCCUCCGAUGGUGGGAAACCUCGUCCAGCUGGGCACUGAACAGCCACGACGUUUGGCAGAGUUGUCAAAGAAGUAUGGACCCGUUUUCCAAAUUAGGUUGGGAAAUAAGCGAUUCGUUGUUGCAAACAGCUUCGAGUCUAUCAAGCAACUCUGGAUCAACAACCAGUCUAGUCUGAUAUCUCGGCCUACGUUGCACACAUUUCAUAACGUUCUUUCAUCUUCGCAAGGCUUCACCAUCGGCACCUCGCCAUGGGACGAGUCCUGUAAGCGACGACGGAAAGCCGCCGCCACUGCAUUGAAUCGACCAGCCGUUGUCUCCUACAUGCCUUUUGUCGACUUGGAAUCCCAUGUCAGUAUCAAGGAGCUUGUGCAGCAACUGGGUAACAGUGACGCACAAGUGGACCUUGACCCUUAUCCGUUGUUUCAACGACUCGCCCUGAACCUCAGCUUGACUCUUGGGUAUGGAUUUCGCAUCGACGGCUCCGUUAACAACGAGCUCUUGCGCGAGAUCAUCAACGUGGAACGCGGAAUCAGCACCCUCCGGAGCACAAGCAACAACUGGCAGGACUUUGUACCUUUGUUGAGAAUUUUUCCCAGAAGAACGAACGAAGCAUCCGAUCUUCGGCACCGGCGAGAUGUUUACCUCGAAUACCUGUUGCAGAAACUCAAGGACAGGAUAGCAAUGGGAACUCAUGUAUCUUGCAUCACAGGCAACAUUCUGCAAGAUCCCGAGUGCAAGCUCACCCAUGGUAAGGAAUUCUUCGCAACAAAAUACCUAUCCUCUCAAACAUCUGUUGACCAUCUGAUGUAG